AUGAACCCGGGGUCCGGACGGCUGUGGACGGCGGAGACCUCCGACGGAGGCGAGGCUGCGCGCAGGGCACAGAAUGAGGCCUUUCAAGCAGUGGGCGCCGCUGGCACAGCUCCAGACCAGGUGACCUUUGAGGACGUGGUGGUGGGCUUCUCGUUGGAGGAGUGGUCUCUGUUGGAGGACAGCCAGAAGGAGCUGCACCAGGAAGUGAUGCUGGAGACCUGCUCUUUGCUCCUCUCGCUCGGUGAAGAGCCCCCUUUUCCAGAGGGCAUGGAAGGACCCUGCAACCUGAAGCAGGAUGAGGCCGAGGAGCGCCAGGCUGGAGCAAGCGACGAGGAGGGUAAGGAUCAAAGCAGCCACCACCUCUGCGCACUCAUGAAGCUGGUCAACGAAAUCCCAGAGUUCCUUUGUGGACAUGCGCAGGCGAGCCUGGAUCGGUCCACGCCUGCUGGGGGCAGCGAAAGCAGAGGGCAAGAAGUAGCGACCGACGCAGAGCUGUCGAACAAGGAGAACCCGGCCGAAAGGCAGCUGAACUCCGAAGAAGGACUUAGACGUCCUCAUCUCUCAACGGAGCGGAAGGACAGCCCAGAAAUGGACCACCUGAGGCUGGAUGCUGAUGGCUCUUCUGCAGAUUCCGGCUGUCUGGGCCAACACCAUUCCUGGGGGGAUGGAGGGGCAAAACAACCCACAUCACAGGGCCCUUCGCGAAGCAUCUCUGAGGCUGACGGCCAAUCCGAGGAUGGAAAGACAACGCCUGAGGCCAUCGCUGAGAAGGAACCUCCGAAAAGUUCUCGCAAGGCAUCUCCAAAGUUGGGGCCAGGAGUGUCCGAAGAGAAGCCUCCACUUCAGGGGUUGCUGAAGUGCUUGAAGGAUCUGGUUACCUUGCAGUCCAGCCGUGGCCCCCAAACUCCCCUCAAAGCUUCCAUAGGGAGCCAGCCACUGCCCCCCAGAUUUGGGCGGUGGGGAAGCAGGAGUGACUCAUUGCCCAUCCAAGUUAAGGUGGAAGCUUCCGGAGAGGAGCUGGGGGCCUGCAACCCCAGAGAAGUAUCUGGGUCUUCUGUGGCAACCAGGGGGGACCCCUUCAUCCCUCAGGCCAAAGGGAGCCAGACAGGUGGAAAAGAGAAAGACAACUUUCUGGCAGUCAAAACGGAGCAGGAGACCAGCAGCUGCCCACACCAGGACCUGCCAGGAGGCCUCUCCUUGGUGAUUGUCCCUGAAAGUCCGAAGAAAACCCAAGGACCAUCCGACAUCUCGGCUUUAAAUCCGAGGAAGAGCACCCUCUACGAGGCCAUGGGGAUGACUUGGAAGAGAAGAGCUACCACCACUUCGGCCAUCCAAGGACCAGUUUGUCACCCAGGUCCAAGCUGGGACUAUGGGUCCCGUAUUCAGCUGAGUGGAGCCCCGCCACCAGUCCUCUCCAUGGCUUGCUCAACUGCCUGA